AUGAUGGCAAAAAAUUCCAUGGAAGGGUCUAAAGAAGACCUGAGCAAAAUUACAGAAGAGGAGAUGCUGAGAUGGAGCAAGGAAGAGCUGGUGAAAAGACUGAGGAAAGUGGAGAAUGAAAAGAUGAACUUAAUGGUGGAACACGGCAACUUGAUGAAAGACGUGAACCGGCGGCUGCAGCUCCACCUGCACGAGAUCCGCGGGCUGAAGGAGGUGAACCAGAAGUUGCAGGACGACAACCAGGAGCUGCGGGAGCUCUGCUGCUUCUUGGACGACGACCGGCAAAAAGGCAAGAAGCUGUCAAGGGAAUGGCAGCGCUUCGGGAGGCACACGGCCAGCGUGAUGUGGAAGGAGGUGGGCAUGUACCAGCAGAAGCUGAAGGACCUGGAGGCGAGGCAGGAGACCCUCCUGCGGGAGAACGUGGAGCUGAAGGAGAUGGUGCUGAUGCUGGACGAGGAGCGGAGCGGGGCCGGCUCGCGGAGCUCCAUCGACAGCCAGGCCAGCCUGACCAACCUGAACGGCGGCUCGGCCACCAGGGACGUGGGGGACGGGAGCAGCACCUCCAGCACGGGCAGCGCGGGCAGCCCCGACCACCAUCACCACCACCUUCACCACCACAAGGCCGGCGACAGCAAGGCCGGGGCCAUGCGGAGGUCUAUGGAUGACCUGUCCGCGCCCCUUCACCACCGGAGCAUCCCGAACGGCCUCAAUGAUUCAUCUUCCAACUAUAUCAGGCAACUUGAAACAAAAGUGAAGCUGCUGGAGGAUGACAACAAGCUCCUUUCCCAGCUGGCUGAGUGCAACAGCUUCCCAGGAAAUUUCAGUAAGCAGUCCAGCACGGGGGACCUGCGGACUCUGAGGAAAGGAUUGUCCCCGUACCACUCUGAGUCCCAGCUCUCCUCACUGCCGCAGUACCAGGACGCCCUGCAGAACGGACCAGCUCGCAUGACAUCUGACCUUGCAUCUUCCCCUGCAGCAGGGUAUGUCCCUGUGGGUCAGAAGCCAGAGGCUGUGGUGCAUGCUAUGAAGGUCCUUGAGGUCCAUGAAAAUUUGGACAGGCAAAUGCAAGACAACUAUGAAGAAGACCUAAGUGAAAAGGAGAAGGCAAUUGUUCGUGAAAUGUGCAAUGUUGUCUGGCGAAAGCUGGGUGAUGCUGCGAGCUCCAAACCCUCCAUCAGGCAACAUCUGUCAGGAAACCAGUUCAAGGGUCCCUUGUAGGAACACUGUCCUGACAACUGGAAGUGAUGGAUUCUGUGAAGACUAAAGAGGCAGAGCUCAGUGUUUCUGGCUGCCUGUUCUUUGGGAGUUGGGGUUGAGGU